AUGGAGAGAAAGAGACCUGUCAGUUUUAUAGCAGUAAUAACAUCGAGAAUAAAAUCGUUGCUUCAAUUCAUCUACUUGUUACGGGGUCGGUGUGUCCAGAAAAAUGAUCAAUUUAUAAAUAAUUCUUAUAUAAAUAUCAACUCCUCCGGUUUUAAUCCAUCAUUAUCGUCUUUUCUUCUCCCCUCCUCCUCUACUUCAUCUCCUCCUCCUCCUCCUCCUCCUCCUCAUUCUUCUUCUUCUUCUUCUUCUUCUUCUUCUUCUUUUUCUUCUUCUUCAUUUUUAUCGUUCUUUUACUUUUAUUUCUGCGUUUCCUCUUCUUUCUUUCUUAUUUUAUUUCUAUUUCUUAUUUUUCGAUUUCUUUUUUUUUUCUCUUCCGCUUCUCCUUUUCUUCUUCUUUUCCUCCUUUUUCCUCUUUUUUUUUUUGCUUUCUUUUUCUUGUUUACUUCUGAUUUCCAUUUCUUUUUCUUUCGCUUUUGCCUCUUCUUCUCUAAUUCCGUUCUUUUCCUUCUUUUCUCUUUUUCCCUUUUCUUUCUCUUUUUCUUUUUUUUUCUUUUCCCUUUUCCUUUUCCUUUUCUUUUUCUUUCUCUUUUUCUUUUUCUUUUCCCUUUUCCUUUUCCUUUUCUUUUUCUUUCUCUUUUUCUUUUUCUUUUCCCUUUUCCUUUUCUUUUUCUUUCCCCUUUUCUUUCUCUUUUUCGUUUUCUUUUCCCUUUUCUUUUUCUUUUUCAUUUUCUUUCCCCUUUUCUUUCUCUUUUUCCUUUCCCUUUUCUUUUUCUUUUUCUUUUCCUUUUUUCUUUUUCUUUUUCUUUCCCCUUUUCUUUUUCUUUUUCUUUUUCUUUCCCCUUUUCUUUCUCUUUUUCUUUUCCCUUUUCUUUUUCUUUUUUUAUUUUUUCCCUUUUCUUUCUCUUUUUCUAUUUCUUUUUCUUUUCCCUUAUCUUUAUCUUUUUCUUUUUCUUUUCCCUUUUCUUUCUCUUUUUCUUUUUCAUCUUCUUUUCCCUUUUCUUUUUCUUUUUCUUUCCCCUUUUCUUCUCUGCUUCUUCUUUUAAUUUUUCUUCUUCCUCUUUUUCCUUCCUCUUCUCUUUUUCUUUCUUUUUCUUAUUCUUCUAUUCUUACUUUUCCUUCGCCUCCUUUCUUUCUUUUUCCUUGUCUUCUUUUUCCUUCCUUUUCUUAUUCUUUCUUUAUUCUUCCUCUUCUUCUCUUCCCCAUAUUUAG